AUGGAUCGUUAUAUCCAUUCACAGAAUAAUUUUUCGUCAAAUUAUUGGAUGCCAUUGGUUGAUGAUUCUAAAACUCUUCGUCGAUCUACUUCAAAAUAUGAUUCAUUAACCAAACAAGUUGAUCAAUUGGCAUAUGAAUUACCUUACAAUAAGUAUGCGAAAAAUCCAUGGAGUCAUGCACCGGAAUUUCUUAAAGUAUUUGGUGAUGUUCAUGCGGAAAUUGGACAAAAAGCAUGCUUCGAUUGUAUUUUGCUUGGUUCACCACGACCGCGAGUAUGUUGGUUAUUUAAUAAUGAAAAAAUGAAGUUUGAUGAUGUUCAAAUCGAUGAUACAGCUGAUUUAUGCCGUUUAACAGUACCUAUUAUACGGCAUUAUCAUUAUGGUACUUAUAUGGUACUAUGUGAAAAUGAAGUUGGCCGAGUAAUAGCUUCCGCUAAUCUUAUACCAAUUUAUAAUUAA